CAUAGUGGCUCUGUGGGGAGGUGUAUACAGCUGUGCAGAGUCAGAGGGAGACGCACAAACAGUAAAACAACCAACAGUAGCCUUCACACCAGCAUCACAUAACAGAGGCAACUGUGGUUUAUUGGUAGAUGGAAGAAACAGUGGGAUUUAAUCACAAAUAAAGGAAGGGGAACAAUCUCAGCCAGUGGCAACAUUUGUGACAGAGAAAAACAGAGGAGUGGAGGAGGAAACAAAGGAGCUGAGCCAGAAGAGGAGUGACCUGAGGUGGAGAAAGAAAACCAGGAGACUGAAACAGAGUUGCUGACCCCUGCCUGCUGAUCCGUGAUGUCUGACCGGCUGCGCACGCUACUGAUCCUCUUCCUGACCUUCACACAGGGUGCUUGUAUGUUCCCUAACCAUCACUGGGGUGACUGGAACGACUCUCAGCUUCAACCAACGAUUCAGAAGCUGAUGAAAGGAUACAACCGCUACCUCAGACCUAAUUUCAAUGAGGGUCCUGUGGUAAUUGGAAUGAGCCUUGAUAUUGCCAGUAUUGAUGCCAUCUCCGAAAUCAAUAUGGACUACACUGCAACUAUCUUCCUCCGUCAGCGAUGGCGUGAUUCCAGGCUGGUUUUCCCAGGAAAUGAGAGCGUCAGUCUGGACGGAAGGCUGGUGUCACUGCUCUGGAUCCCUGACACUUUCAUCCCCGACUCUAAGCGCUCCUUCCUGCAUGACGUCACGGUGGAAAACCGCCUCAUACGCAUCUUCAGCAAUGGAACUGUUCUCUAUGCCCUUCGAAUCACAGCCACGAUCGCCUGCAACAUGGACCUGACCAAGUACCCCAUGGACAGACAGGUGUGCACUCUGCAGCUGGAGAGCUGGGGCUACAACCUGCAGGAUGUGGUGUUCUACUGGACCAGAGGGAACGAUUCAGUGAAGGGUCUUGACACGCUGCGGCUGGCUCAGUACAGUGUAGAGAGCUACUAUACAUCAGUGUCAGAGGCUGUGUAUGAAACAGGACAAUACCCCAAGCUGGUGCUGCAUUUUGCACUGCGUAGAAACGUAUUGUUCUUCAUCUUGGAGACGUACGUUCCCUCCAUUCUGCUGGUGGUUCUCUCCUGGGUCUCUUUCUGGAUCAGCCAGUCCUCUGUGCCGGCUAGAACCUGCAUUGGAGUCACUACUGUCUUGACCAUGACCACUCUGAUGAUGGGCGCCCGCACUUCUUUGCCCAAUGCCAACUGCUUCAUUAAGGCCAUAGAUGUUUACCUGGGGAUCUGCUUCACCUUCAUCUUUGGUGCGCUGCUGGAGUACGCCUGUGCCCACUUUUACACCAUGCAGCACCAGACCAUAGAGGACUUUCACAGAGAUCUUCUGAGGGAGUUCAAUGAAUCCAACGGAAACGGCUCCAUCCCCAUCGUCAGCUCCAGCCAGCCAAACCAGUCUGUGGAGAUCGGCUCCACUGCGGAGGACCUCACGGAGCAGUCAGAGAACAGUGACACUAAGAAGCACGCUGGAGCAAAAGAGGAGACGCCAGGGCAGGGGUGCGACCUGUCUUCAGUGAAGGAAGCAUGGCGCAGGGCAGCAUCUGUCUUCAUUGUGGAAAAUCCACACAACAUCGAUCGUCACGCCCGCACCGUUUUCCCCACAGCAUUCCUCUUUGUCAAUAUCCUCUACUGGCUUUACUAUCUCUUUCUCUGAGCGAUGGCUCCAAGCUGCUGCACAGUUAAUUUCACCAUCCUGAAGCUGCUCUACCUCCUCAUUUGAGACCCAAUACCAGUUGCCACUGCCUGGAUCUAAAAAACUGACCAUGUUACCUGGCUAGAGCCUUUUUGUCCCACAGAUAGGGCUACAAAUUUGAUGAAAACCAGUUGGUUAGGAUUAGGAACCAGUAAAUCCUCUGUACUGAAAGCUAUUGUCAGCUAUGUAUGAAUGGGUGGCUACCUACAUGUAAAAGUGAUGAUACAUAGCCAGUAUCUGUCCAUCUCCUGACAAAUCCAUAGAACAAAUGAGGAUGCGAUAACUGCCUGAACUGCACCACACUAUACAGUGCUGCAUUGAAUUGCCUUCAUUAAAUGACUGAUGUAGAUGUGUUUCUUUUUCUUUUUGCUUGUUUUGGCUUUCAUACACUGUUUGUAUGAGACUGAGUAUGAUACUGUAUAUUUGCUUUACAGCAUAUCGUGAAAUUAAAAGUCAGUAACUGAGAA